AUAAUAAUUGAAAGUUGUCCAUUUGCAGUUGCGUGUGUUGAGUCAGACAAACACAAACUGGACUGUAGACCAAACAAAUCCACAUCAAAGUUACGUUUUCUCGGGUUGAUUCUUUCUCAAUUCAAGUUUGAUUCUCCAAACUUAGAUGCCCCAAAAAACUUGUACAGUACGAAUUUGAAAAUUCCCUCUCCUUUUAGAAAGAUUCAAAAUUCAACUCUUUAACAAAGGGAUCUUGCUUAAUCCGUCCGCAAUGGCUGAUGAGGAAGAGGGAAACCUGUGAAAUUUGUAAGAUGAUUGAAUUUUGCAUUUAUUGUUAGCAGAGGAAUGGUGAGAGAAAAGAGGGAUAUAAGACCUGUAAUCUUGAAAUUUGGUGUUGCUUUAGCUAUAUCACUUGGUGGAAUUCUCUUUACUUUUUUCAGAACUAAAAGAAUCAAACACUCUAAUUCCUCUUCUUCACCUAAUUCAGGUGAGCUGCAAAAUGAUGAUCAGACAAACCCUGCCUUGGGGAAUUCAGUUUCCGAGUUUCCAUGGAAAUUUGAGGAUGUCCCCAUACCUAAAAUCAUUAUUGGGAGUUCUAUAAGUAGUCCUUCUACAAAUUGUAGGUCUGGUGGAGACAAAGAUGGGCUUCUUCUGCCGGAGAUCAAUGAACUUGAAAAGGAAUUUGGUUCGCCUCCAAAGGCUAGUUUUUCACCGCUGCAGGGUGCAGAUUCACCCAAGGAAUACAAAAUUGUCGGAAGGGAUGUCCAUGAACAAGAGAUUAAGAACCUGAAGAAUAUUGUUAAAACUCUUAAAGAAAGGGAUAGGACUCGUGAGAUCCAACUGCUCGAGUAUUAUGGCUGCAAGGAGCAAGAAAAGGCCAUGAUGGAGCUUCAAAAUCGAAUGAAGAUACAUAAUUUGGAGUCCAAGCAUUUGGGUCUAAAGAUCGAGACUUUGAAAGCAGAGAAGAUGAAAUUAGAGGCUCAAGUGGCUGAAUAUGCGAAGGUAGCCUCAGACCUUGAAGCUGCGAAAUUGAAAAUAAAGCAGCUGGAAAAGAAGCUCAGGUUGGGAGCUGGUCAUAAUAAGGAACAGAUUUUAUCCUUUAAAGAAAGAGUUUUGAAGCUGGAGAACAAGGAGAAGAAUCCUGUUCAAGCUGAAUCAAAUGUUCAGUUGGAGCUCCAAAAGCUGAAGGACUUGGAAAUCGAGGCUGAUGAGUUGAGGAAAUCUAACCAAAGCUUAAGAGCAGAAAACUCGACAGUUGGUGAUAGACUGGAAUAUGUUCAGCUGAUUGCCAUUUCUGCUAUGGAAGAUAAUGCAGCAGAAGCACUGAAAGAAGAAAGUCUACAGCUGAGAAAGCAAAAUGAAGAUUUAGUAAAGAAAAUUGAUCAAAUUCAAGAAGGUCACUACAGCGAUGUUGAACAAGUAGCCUAUCUUAGAUGGAUAAAUGCUUGCUUGCGGUAUGAGCUGAGGAACUUUAAGCCUGCUCCAGGAGAAACAACUGCAAGGGAUCUCAGUAAAACGUUAAGCCCCGAAUCUAGGAAGAAAGCCAAGCAACUAAUAGUUGAAUAUGCAGCUAAAGAAGACCAAGGGGACAGGGGAAUCCAUGUUUUGGAUCUUGAUUCUGGCCAGUUAUCCUCCCAAGAACCCUAUCUUAUGAAUUCGGGUGAGUUUGAUGGUACUUCUAUUGCUAAUUCUUCAACCCAUAAGACUGACACUUCAAACAAAAGCACAAUCUUUCAUAAGGUUAUGAGAAUAAUACGGGGAAAGGACCAUCAUCAUAAUCAUUCAGAAAUGGUUCACAAGACUGAAGAGAAUGCAGCAAGAUGCUCUUAUUAUUCUUCUGGGUACUGUUCAGAUAUGUCUGUCGUAGAUACCGGAGCUAUUAGGCCCCAGAGCAGAUCAAGAACACCAUCUCCAGGUCCGUCCAAACAACUUGUAGCUUUCCAUUCAUUUGAUCAAGGCUCUACAACCAAUAAAGGAGAAAGCAGAAACUAUCCGACACGUAGAAGGAGAUAUAGUGAUGUGGGCUCACUAGACUAUAUAUCAAAGCGUCUUGCUGAAUCACCUCAAGAAAAAGGAAAUAACCAUGACCAAGAAAAUGUUCAUAAAUCUGAGUUGGCGAAAUAUGCAGAAGCUUUGAAAGGAUCUCGCUCUAAAGAACCAGUUCGCAAGAGAUCAGCAUCAGUUAGUUUCUUCUAACUUCAAGAAAAUAUACAAGAUUAUACCAGUUUUUGUUGCCUCAACAUUGUUGCCCCUCUACAUCAUUAGAGGUAGCCUAGGUUCUAUAGUUGUUUGAUCCUUCAUGAUGGGAAUCAACUCAUAGAAACAUGUUAUACAGUUGUUUACUGUAUCUAGUCCUACAAAUAUUAAAGCUAGUGCAGCUUCUUCCAUUGAAGUUGUAGUCAGAAUUUUUUUUAUUAGCAAAAGGAAACAGAAGAAAAGAGCAUACAUGUGUGUAACAUUAGAUAUCAAUGUUUGAUUUUCUAUGUAGCUACUCUUUUGAGAUGAUUUUCUUUGUAGCUUUA